GUGAAAGCUUAUUAACUUUCCUAGCUAGGAAAGUUUCUUUUUCAGUUCUUCAUACAACAACAAAAAAAAGAGAACAUUUUUUGGAGCUUUCAUGUAGAUACAGAGAGAGAAAGAAAAGUGAAUUUAGAGAGAAAGAGAUGUGUACACGUGUGAUAUUUUGUAUGGUACUGUGAAACUCUCACGUGUGAAAAAUAUAGAUGGAUAGAGAAUAUAUGAUAAGUAAGAAGAGUACUACAGGAGUGAUGAUUUUUUGUACUACAACUAUGUAAUAAAGGUUUAGUUUUUUUUAUUUUUAUUUCAUUUUUGUGUUUGGGGUCUUUGGAGUUUCUUAUUUCUUGGUCAUUUUGACUUGUGUUUAUGCUUUGAGAGCUAGAAAAGGAGAUGCUAUAUUUGAGUAUAUAGGGAUUUUCAAGAAGGAAUUUUUUGGUUGAUCCAAGCUUUGCUGUUCCCUAUAGAAGACACAAAUAUUGCAGGUUUUUAGGAAACUGUAAUUGGAUAAUCACCUUGUAUUUGAAGCUCAACAGUUAUUCAUAUCCAAGUAAAACAUUUAUUGAGAAAAGUAUUAAGGAUGGCAACUUAUUUUCCUAGUCCAAACAAUCAAAGAGAUGCUGAGACAUUUCAAUAUUUAAGGCAAUCUUUGCCUGAUUCUUAUUCAGAAGCUUCAAAUGCUCCAGAAAACAUGAUGGUGUUCAUGAACUAUUCUUCUUCUGGGACAUAUUCAGAUAUGUUGGCGGGUACUUCUCAACAGCAAAACAGCUGCAUAGAUAUCCCGCCAGUUGGAGCCACAUGUUCCAACACAUCACAAGAAGAAAUAUUGUCAAAUCUUGGAGGAUCGCAGAUGGGAAUUCAGGACUUUUCUGCAUGGAGAGAUAGCAGAAAUGAGAUGCUAGCUGUACACUCCAUGGGUGCGGCUGAUACUGUCCUUCAAGUUGCACAAAAUGUGCCGGGUCAAGGACUAUCCCUCAGUCUUGGCUCCAAUAUACCAUCCGCAAUAGGAAUUUCACAUGUGAGAUCUCAGAAUCCUAACCAUGGUUUUAUGUCGUUCUUGAGUCCUGCUUCAUCGGUUCCUGGUGAAGGUAGUGGUGUCAAUGUAUCCUUCGGAGGUGAUGAUAAUUCCCAGCCAAAACAACAAACAAAUGCAGAUUAUUUGCCUCCGGAUUAUCCUGGAAGCAACUCAGAUGUUAUGAAAGGGUAUAAUUCUCCAUAUGGUACGUCGAGUAUUGCAAGGACCAUUCCCAGCUCAAAGUAUUUGAAAGCAGCUCAAUAUUUGCUUGAUGAGGUUGUUAGUGUCAGAAAGGCCAUCAAGGAGCAAACUUCUAAGAAAGAGUUGAGAAAGGAUUCCAGAGAGUCUGAUGGGGAUUCGAAAAACAAAUCAUCAGACCCUUCUGCAAAUGGGAGUUCAAAUCCUCAUGAGUCCAAAAACAAUCAAAGUGAACUUUCAGCUACCGAGAAACAAGAGAUGCAGAACAAACUGACCAAGCUUCUGUCGAUGCUGGAUGAGAUUGAUAGAAGGUACAGACAAUAUUAUCAUCAGAUGCAAAUAGUGGUCUCAUCAUUUGAUGUGGUAGCUGGAGAUGGAGCAGCUAAGCCAUACACAGCUCUUGCUCUCCAGACAAUAUCCCGGCACUUCCGUUGCUUGCGCGAUGCAAUCUGUGAUCAGAUUCGAGCAUCGCGAAGAAGUCUCGGAGAGCAAGAUGCUUCCGAAAACAGCAAAGCGAUUGGAAUAUCACGCCUGCGUUUUGUGGAUCAGCAUAUUAGACAGCAGAGAGCCCUGCAGCAGCUUGGUAUGAUGCAGCAACAUGCCUGGAGGCCUCAGAGGGGUUUGCCUGAAACCUCUGUUUCAGUUUUGCGUGCUUGGCUCUUUGAGCACUUUCUUCAUCCCUACCCAAAAGAUUCUGACAAAACUAUGCUAGCAAGGCAAACUGGCUUAACGAGAAGUCAGGUAUCAAAUUGGUUCAUAAAUGCACGGGUGCGUCUUUGGAAACCCAUGGUUGAGGAAAUGUACAAAGAAGAGGCUGGUGAUGCUGAAAUAGACUCAAAUUCUUCAUCAGAGAUUGCCUCCCGACGUGCAACAGAUGGCUCAAAAGUUGAAGAAAGAGAAGAAAUGCACCAGAAUGCAGCUUCAGAAUUUGAGCAGUAUAAUAACGGCCAAAUCUUGGAAUCAAAAUCCAACCAUGAAGCUGAUGUAGAAAUGGAGGGAGCAAAUAAUGUAGAAACUCAAAGUCAAUCUGGAAUGGAAAAUCAAAGAGAUGAACCCCCGCCUACUAUGGAUAAUUGCACCCCUUUUCAGGACGCGUUUGUUCAAAGCAACAACAGAUUCUCAGAAUUUGGCAGUUUUGGAAGUGGAAAUGUACUACCCCAUGGAGUUUCACUUACAUUGGGAUUGCAGCAAGGUGAAGAAAGUAACCUGCCGAUGUCCAUUGAGACUCAUGUUAGUUAUGUACCAUUAAGGGCAGAUGACAUCUAUAGUACAGCACCUCCAACUAUGGUCCCCGAAACAGCAGAAUUCAACUGCUUGGAUUCUGGGAACAGACAACAUCCAUUUUGGCUCCUUCCAUCUGCUACAUGAUUUUGUAGCAUGAUAUGUGAUGUAGAAUUAAACUGCAAAUUUUGAGAAUAUCGAAAAAGCAUUCAUCUUUCAUCAAGUGAUUAGUUUGAAGCUUAUAGUAACAGUUUCAUUAAUCACUGUUGUAAUAUAGCAAAGUAUUGAAUGGGAGCUUCCCCUAGUUGUUAAGUCUGAAGUCUGUAUAGGCAUGACUGAUUUUGUUGUUUUUGAUAAUUUGGAAUUUAUUAUACAGCCAAUUCCAACUGAUUGAGAUUGAA